AUGGCGAUUAAAAGUUGUUUUGCUAAACGAAAACAUAAGGAAAACAAUGGAUUUAUUUAGCAUAUUUUACCAUUAAAAAUAACUUGUUUUCUUUUCCUAAGAGCUUCGGAUUUUUCUUUAGGUCUUUUUAAGUGAAUUAGGCUGCAGUAGAACAGCAUGGCACAAGCAGUGUUGACAGUGUGUGAGUUGUCAACCUCUUGAUGAUUGUUGCCCUAGGAACACAGGCUGUACACACUUGUCCUCUCCCCCAGUCAGAGAGAAAUGUCUUCCAAAGAGUCCUCCUGCUACCGGCCACGGGCCCAGAUCACAGAGAAACCUGCAGAUGGCAGCAUGCACUUCACCAUCAUGAAGCACCCCAAGGAAGCGCUGGAAAUCAUGAGCAUUCUCCAGCGCUCCAAGAAGCUUUGUGACAUUACCCUGGUGGUGGGUGAGGAGAAGAUUCUGGCCCAUAAGAUUGUCUUGGCGGCAUCGAGCCCCUACUUCCGGGCCAUGUUCACCAGUGGCAUGAGAGAGGAGGAGAUGUCUACCAUCCCCCUACACGGGAUCUCCCCAUGUACCCUGGCUCAGCUGAUUGAAUUUGCUUACACCGCAGAGGUGGACAUAAAAGAAGAAAACGUCUGCUACCUCUUGCCUGCAGCCACCAUGUUCCAGAUGAACCAUGUAGUAGAAGCCUGCACGGUGUUCUUGGAACACCAGUUAGACCCCAGUAACUGCAUUGGUAUCGCAGACUUUGCCAGUGAGCACGGUUGUCUGGAGCUAGAGAAUAAAGCCAGAAAGUACAUCAGAAAACAUUUUUGCGAGGUGAUCCAAUGCGACGAGUUCCUGGUCCUCAGCCCUUGCCAGAUGAUAAACUUGGUGAAACAGGACGAGCUCAAUGUCCAGUGUGAGUCUGAGGUCUUCAAGGCUGUGGUCAGGUGGGUGGAGCACGACCCUGAGAAGAGACUAGAAAUUCUGGGAGGGCUGAUCUCUUCGGUCAGGUUAAACUUCCUUGCUCCCAAGUUCUUAGAACAGCAGCUUAAUAACUGCCAUAUACUACAGAAAAAUCCACAGUGCUUGCAGACUUUGUCAGAGAAGUUAAAAGGGCUUAAGCUCCACCUCAAAUGUUCAGAUCUUCCCAGAAGGCCGUGUGCCCCGUUAGUGAUAUUCUGUGCUGGUGGCUAUCUCAGACAGUCCUUGAGUAAUUUUGAGUGUUAUAACCCAAAAAAUAAACAGUGGCUACGUCUUCCUGAUCUGCCUACACCUCGCAGUGGCCUGGGGGCUUGUAUGGUACGUGGUGCCCUGUAUGUCAUUGGGGGGCGUAACAAUUCACCUGAUGGGAAUAUGGACUCGAGCAGUCUGGAUAUGUACGAUCCUAUGCGGAAUGUUUGGAUACCAAAGCAUAAUAUGAACUUCCCACGUAACCGUGUGGGGGUUGGUGUGAUUGACAAUAUGAUUUAUGCUGUAGGAGGUUCCCAUGGGACUACCCAUCAUGCAUCAGCAGAAAGGUAUGAUGCUGAACAUGACAAAUGGACUGACAUAGCAAGUAUGUCAACUAAGAGAAUUGGGGUUGGUUGUGCUGUAUUGAAUCGCCUGCUGUAUGCCGUGGGUGGAUUUGAUGGAGAAAACAGGUUGUGCAGUGUGGAGUGCUAUGAACCAGAGCAUGACCAGUGGACUGAGAUAAAGCCAAUGAACACCAUGAGGAGCGGAGCAGGUGUUAUCGCAGUAGACAACUACAUCUAUGCUGUGGGUGGCUAUGACAGCUCAUGUCAACUCAAGUCUGUAGAACGGUACAGCAUUGAUAAAAAACAGUGGGAGUUUGUCUGUCCAAUGAACAGCCCAAGAAGUGCAUUAAGUGUGGCUGUCAUUAACAAUCAGUUGUUUGCUUUAGGUGGGUAUGAUGGCAACGACUUCCUUUCAUCUGUGGAGUGCUACUGUUCUGAGGGCAACAAAUGGUAUGACAUCACUAACAUGACAUGUGGCAGAAGUGGACAUGGGGUAGCCGUUGGAGCAGAACCGCCCAUCAAAUGAGGAAACAGUUUGGCCGCUGUUUGAAUCUAUCUGGGGAGGGGAGGAGGGGGGUCACUUGUUAAUGUUAACAUCAUUUUAAAAUGCUCUUAAAGUUCCUUAGACAAAGUAGUUUCCUAGAUAAUUGAUCUCUUCACUUAAUUGAAGUAACAAACCAUUCCUUUAUGAUCAUUCAAUGGCAGAAUUUUAUAUGGAUUUUGCCUUGGUGCUGGGUUAAAUUUUUUACCUGAAAUGAGAAUGCUUUCACACAUUUGUGGCUUCCUGUAUUGUGUAUAACUGUGGGUGUAUCUUGAUCAAGUAAUGCUUUAUUUCUAAGUGAGGACAGCCAUUUAAAAAGAAAUUGUUAGCUACAAAAGAUCUACAAAUACAAUUGUUUAUGUUAUUAAAUUUUAGCAGCUAAGCUAAUUGUUGUUUUAAAUGUGAAUGACAGAUGAGGAUUUGCUGUAUUAAUGUAUUUUUUCUUCUGUAUUUGUCAUGUUACUUGCGGAAAGUAACUCAUGUUAUAGCAAUAAGGUGAUGUUUUUCUUUUCCAGUGAAAUACAUUGUAAACUUAUCAACUACUUAUAUGUCUCAUUUAAUUUAAGAUAUCUCUAAAAAUCCAUAGAUCUGAUCAUAAUCAUACAUUUGCAGCAAAUUUUAUUAUUUAUUUAUAUUUGUAUAUAAUGUCCAAAAAAAUUGUGUGAAAAAGUAUUCAAGAUUUAUGUAACAUGCUUUGCUUGUUUAAGUAAUUGUUUUAUUAGAUUAUAUACUAAGUUGCCAUUUUAAAUAUGUAUUGUAAUUUUAAAAAUGUUUAUCUUAAAAUUCAAACAAAGUAUUUUCUACCUCAGUUAACCAUCAAGCAUUAGUGUCUCUCAUAUUCCAUCAGAGUUACAAUUUUAGAAACAGUUAAUGAAGAAAUACUUCAAAACAUUAAACAUAGAAUAAAAAAAACUUGUAGAACAUGCAGAUUUUUCAAUGUAACCUCACAUUUGAUAUGAGAGCUUUACAUUUGUAAUGUACUUGUGUUAUAUUUUAUGAACAAACAUUUGGGGACUCAGUCCAAUUAUUAGACUAAUUACAGUGUACUUAUGUGUGUUUAUGAAAACAUCAUUUACCUUAAGCUAUUGUACAUACUUUGAAAUCCAUUUAUUGUCACAAGUUUUGAUAAACUACUUAGAGUAAUUAACAAGGAUCAACUAAAAUGUUGAGAAUAUUUUAAGAGAAACACAUAAGAAUUAAUUUUCUAGAAUUUGAUCUCUCAUGCUCUUUUUAUUUAACAGAAAAUUUGUUUUGUAAUUGAGAUCUGUUAAUUUUUGUCAAGUAGUUUAGAAGAAAUGGUUUAGCUGCUUGCCGAAGUGUUUUGUCAUGAUUCUUGCCCUUGUUACUGUCAACCAAAUGUAAAUAUCAUGUUCACAUAUUGUGAGAUAACUGGUGCAAUCAUCUCUAAGUCAGGGUUGUCUGAGUUCUUGUACAUACAUCACACUUUAAACAGAUCUCAUCUUGUGAAGGCAUUCAUUCUAUCACUACUGGGUUGUUAUGUCAGUGAAUCUGCACUUACCCCAUUCUAGUAAACUAAAACAAUACAACAGCUGUGUAAAACAAAUGAGAAUGACACGCACAUAAUUUAAUGUCUCUUGCUUUUGUGUAAGAAAUGUUCCAUGCAGGAUGUCCUGUCCUCUUGGUCUGUAUUCCAUAUACAUUUGCUAGGCUUGUACAUAUUGCUCUUAUGUUGUAUGGUAUGAGAGAACUCAUGUUGAUAUGCUUUUGGUUUGUCUGAAUGGUCUGCAUUCAGGGUUCUCUUAAAAAUAUGCUGUAUGUAUUGUGAGUGAUAGUGUUGACUUAAUGGUCACGUUACAUGGUAUGUCUAAGCCAAUAGUGAGAACCUUUUGUGUGUGAUAGUGUUGACUUAAUGGUCACGUACAUGGUAUGUCUAAGCCCAUAGUGAGUUGAUGUAUUAAUUAUCUGCUGCAUUCCUUGUUAGUGGCAGGCCAUAGUCAGGUGUUUGUCAGUUUUCUCGCAGGGUUUGUGUUUGUUUAACCUGAGGUCAGCAUCAAUCAACUUUCUGCCAUUCCAUUCGUGCCAGCAGGUGGCCUGUGCUGGAGAUGUUUCUCUUGUCCUGGACGUGUUGUCAAACAUUGAGUACAGCUCACCCACUGCUGUGUUGCUCUAUACACGUGAAUCAGGGGUUCGUGACUAUGUGUGUGAAAGUGAAAUAAAUAUAUUUUUUUGUUCU